GCACCUGUGUGGUGUAAAGAACCUAUACCAGAGCAGGUUUCUGACUGCUAUGUCCUCGCCAUCCCGGAGCUCCCAGAGCCAUCGCCGGUGUAAGAACAGGGCACGCUAUAGCCUCACAGCUGAGCAAUGCCCCCCCAUCGAUCCCAGCAACCCCUUAACUCUGCCACGAUCCUCUAGUGACCCAGACUUGGUGUCAACCCACAGCCGCUCCACCCUCACAGUCAGUGCCUUGAUCUAUAGUAUCGGCCAGCCGCAUGACAUUCUUAUCUCCUGGGACAUCAAAGAGGAGGUGGAUGCCGGAGAUUGGAUCGGCAUGUACCUAAUCGAUGAGGUUCUCUCAGAGAACUUUCUGGACUACAAGAACCGUGGGGUAAAUGGAUCCCAUAAAGGGCAGAUUGUUUGGAAGAUUGAUGCCAGCUCAUACUUCAUGGAGUCGGAGACCAAGAUUUGUUUCAAGUACUACCAUGGAGUGAGCGGAGCACUGAGAGCCACCACCCCCUGUGUCACUGUGAGAAACCCAUCUGCUAUUGUAUUGAAGCCUAUGAUGACUCAGGAUGUGACUCAGAGUCUGGGCAACAGGAGGCUCAUCAGCUUCUCCCUGUCAGACAUCCAGGCAGUGGGUCUGAAGAAGGGGAUGUUCUUCAAUCCUGAUCCAUAUUUGAAGAUUGCAAUCCACCCUGGAAAACACAGCAUCUUCCCUGCUCUCCCCCACCAUGGUCAAGAGAAAAGAUCUGGCAUAAUCUGCAACACCAUCAACCCUAUCUGGAAGAGAGAGAGAUUUAACUUUGUCUCUUUGCCCACGGAUGUUUUGGAGAUUGAGGUGAAAGACAAAUUUGCCAAGAGUAGGCCCAUCAUCAAACGCUUUUUGGGCAAGUUGUCUGUGCCUGUGCAACGGCUACUGGAGAAGCAUGCUAUUGGAGACCGUGUGAUUAGCUAUGCUCUAGGCCGCAGGCUGCCAACAGAUCAUGUCAGUGGACAGCUACAAUUUCGCUUUGAGAUAACAUCUUCUAUUCAUCCAGAUGAUGAGGAGGUAUCCAUUAAUGCAGAUGAUGCUGUGACCCCUGACCAGCAGGAAGCAGAAGAGCUGAAUAUUGACCCACCAGUAGCUGCAGACUUUGAUGCAAAAGAUGAAGAUCUAAAUGAGCUGAAUGAGAAUAUAUCUCUGGCUGUAGAGACACAGAAUGCUUUGCCCCUAUCUUCUUCUACUAAACCUAGUUCCCCUGCUCAUAUUGUGUGUAGCACAGAGGAAUCAGAGGAGGCUGGAAAUUUAGAGGAGACACCAAAGGAUGAAGAGAACGGAUCAUUGGAGGAUUUUUCAUGCACAGAUCAACUCCCUGAACAUCAGGUGCAGAGCCCUGAGGAACCAGCUGAGGAGCUGGAAGUGGUGCAUCAUGAUGGGGAUGCAGAAGUUAUAGAGGAUAUUGUGGAAGCUCAUGGAGUUGAUACUGCAGACGAAAUCACCAUAAGAGAUGAGGAGGUGGAUGAAGAAGCUAUUAGAAUAAGGACAGUUGAAGAUACCACAGAAUUGGAAGGAGCUACAGGCUCAGAGCAGACAGAAGUAAGAGAGGAGGGCAAGAGUGAGAGUGCAGAACCAUGUUCUCCAAGGACAACAUGUAUGAUGAAACGAAAGGCCAUGAAACGCCGGCCCUGCUCACUGCCUGUCUCUGAACUUGAGACAGUCAUCGCCUCAUCUUGCACAGAACCCGAGACACCACGAUCGCACUACAUCCGUAUACACCAUCUCCUGCACAGCCUUCCCUCUGCCCAGCAUGGCUCCUGCAGCCAAGACAAUGGGGAGACAUUCGAUCCAGACUCUUCUGAGGAUGUCAGCCUGAAACCUGCACAGAAUGAAAAGGAGGUGGCUGAUGAGAACGAGGAAGGGUCAAGCGAGACUCGGUCUCCAUCAGUAGUCCCUGAAUGUCUUGGACCAUGCUGUCGGAGGAUUCUGCCUCUGAGCCUCUCUAUCGAACGCCUGUCUGAGCUCAACCAACUCUUGGAGGGCGAGACUUGCUCACGUCUGGAGAGUGAGGAUGGAGAAACUGAAAGUGGUGGGGGAAGCCAACGGGCUCACAGAGAGAGUGAGUGUGAACUGUGUGACACCUCCUGCUACAGCACCUCCUGCUACAGCACAUCCUGUUACAGCACAUCCUGUUACAGCAACUCAGGCCACGAGGGACGAAACCGGUUCUGCAGCCACACACGUCUGUCAUCUGUGGACAGCACACGUCUGUCAGAGAGCACCGUAUUUUCUUCACAGGAGGAAGAAGAGGAAAACAGCGCCUUUGAGUCAGUAACAGAUUCAGGACAGAGCCCAGAGACAAGGGAGUUGGGAGACAUUUCCACCCAGUGGAUGGAGGAGCAAAAUGAGGGCGGGGACUCUCACUCUCCAGUAGCUGGACCCAGUGAUGGGUCACCAGGAGCUAGUUACCAUCAAAUCAGUCAGCUUCCUGCUAUGCGGGCCACCUCCCACCAUUACCCCUGUGUUGAUGAAUCAUUGCCACCAAACUGGGAAGCCAGGACAGACAGUCAUGGCCGUGUCUUCUAUGUUGACCAUGUGAAUCGCACCACCACAUGGCAAAGACCCAACUAUGCAUCCAAAUGUCCCAGCAUGCACCGCUCCAACUCCAUCCAGCACAUGGAGCAACUCAACAGGAGGUAUCAGAACAUCCAGAGGACCAUGGCUACUCAGGAUGAGUUUGGUGGCCAAAGGCUGGAGAGCAGCAGCAGCACAGAAACCGAGAGUGAUACCCCAUCUCAGCCAGCUGAUUCAAGGAGGGAAGGCUCAUCUUUACCAAUGAGCAAUCAGAAGAUCACUCUGCUACUGCAAAGUCCAGCAGUCAAGUUUGUCACUCAUCCGGAAUUCUUCACAGUCCUCCACGCCAAUUAUGGGGCAUACCGGAUGUUCACCAACAGCACCUGCCUAAAGCACAUGAUUUUGAAAAUCCGGCGAGACACUCACAACUUUGAACGCUACCAACAUAACCGCGACCUUGUCACUUUCCUUAACAAGUUUGCAGACACACAGCUGGAGUUGCCAAGAGGCUGGGAGAUCAAAGUAGAUCCACAGGGCAAGUCAUUUUUUGUGGACCACAACAGUCGAGCCACUACCUUUAUUGAUCCCAGAAUCCCCUUUCAGAAUGGAGGUUUGCCUAAUCACCUCACACACAGGCAACACCUACAGAGACUACGCAGCUACAGUGCUGGAGAGGCGUCUGACGUGUCCCGCACCCGAGGUGCAUCUCUCGUAGCCAGGCCUGGCAACAGCCUUGUAGCUACCAUCAGGAGCCAGCACCACAAUGACUCCGUGCCCUUAGCAUAUAAUGAAAAGAUUGUGGCUUUUCUACGCCAGCCGAACAUCCUGGAGCUGCUGCAGGAGCGACAACCUAGUUUGGCCCACAAUCACACACUUAGGGAAAAGAUCCAUUACAUCAGGACUGAAGGGCCACAGGGGGUGGAGAAGCUGUCUUGCGAUGCAGACCUGGUUAUGUUGUUAAGUUUGUUUGAAGAGGAGAUCAUGUCCUACAUCCCGGCUCACCCAUUCCAUCCUGGCCUCAACUUCUCCCCAAGAUGCUCUCCUGGAUCCUCACCCCAGAAUUCACCAGGACCGCAGAGAGCCAGAGCACCUGCUCCAUAUCGCAGGGACUUUGAAGCCAAACUGCGCAAUUUUUACAGGAAGCUUGAAGCCAAAGGCUAUGGACAAGGGCCAGGAAAAAUCAAGCUGAUCAUCAGAAGGGAGUACCUUCUCGAAGGCACUUUUAAUCAUGUGAUGGCAUAUUCACGCAAGGAGCUCCAGAGGAAUAAACUCUACAUCACGUUUGUAGGAGAGGAAGGUCUGGACUACAGUGGGCCUUCAAGGGAGUUCUUCUUCCUGCUGUCUCAGGAGCUCUUUAACCCAUACUACGGCCUGUUUGAGUACUCAGCCAACGAUACAUACACCGUCCAGAUUAGCCCCAUGUCUGCCUUCGUAGAGAACCAUUUAGAAUGGUUCCGCUUCAGUGGACGCAUUUUGGGCCUGGCACUAAUUCAUCAGUACCUCCUGGAUGCAUUCUUCACCAGGCCAUUCUACAAGGCUCUCCUCCGACUAGCAACUGAUCUGAGUGAUUUAGAGUAUCUGGAUGAAGAGUUCCACCAGAGCCUGCAGUGGAUGAGAGAUAAUAAUAUUACAGACAUUUUGGACCUGACCUUCACUGUGAACGAGGAGGUCUUUGGACAGGUAACAGAAAGGGAGUUGAAGUCAGGAGGAUCCAACAUCCAGGUUACAGAGAAGAACAAGAAGGAGUACAUUGAUAGAAUGGCCAAGUGGAGAGUGGAGAGAGGAGUGGUGCAGCAGACAGAAGCAUUGGUUCGGGGUUUCUAUGAGGUGGUAGAUUCACGUCUGGUGUCAGUUUUUGAUGCUCGGGAGCUGGAGCUAGUCAUUGCAGGAACAGCAGAAAUUGACCUGAAUGACUGGAGGUCCAACACAGAGUAUAGAGGAGGCUACCAUGACGGACACAUCGUGAUUCGGUGGUUUUGGGCAGUGGUGGAGCACUUUAAUAAUGAGCAGAGGCUACGUUUGCUGCAGUUUGUGACUGGUACAUCCAGCGUGCCAUAUGAGGGCUUCGCAGCUCUGCGUGGGAGCAAUGGUCCACGCCGCUUCUGCAUUGAGAAAUGGGGCAAGAUCACCUCUCUACCCAGGGCUCACACAUGCUUUAACCGUCUGGAUUUGCCUCCGUACCCUUCGUACACCAUGUUGUAUGAGAAACUGCUGAUUGCCGUGGAGGAGACAAGCACUUUUGGUUUGGAGUGAAAGAUUCACUGACAAUGGAAAGACUAUAUUUUGUAAACAUAUUGUGCUGUGAUUUUCAGUGACCAUAUCCUCAAGAGACUGCUAUUUUUUGUAAUUAAAUCCAUCUAAGGAUUCGUUUGGGAUUUGUGUAUGUGAAAUUUUGUUUGUGUUUAACCGAAAGUGCAUGAAAUACCAUGGUAAUAUUGUACAUACUGUAUUAUUAUGGGGAUGAGGGAGAGAAAUACCGUACUAGUGCAUAGUGCAAAACCUGCAUCCAGCCUACAAUGUAGUGUAUCAGACUGAAUUCUCGUGCUAAUGUUCAUGUUACUAAGAAGGCAUUUUGACACUGUCUUGCUGAUAUGCUGCUAUUGUGCAUGGAGGAUAAAGCCUGCCUGACAUGCAGCUCACCAAUGGCCGACACACUGCACGAGGACAUGACAUCCAUUAACAUCUUUGACUUACAGGGAAAACUAUAUAAACAUUCCGUCUUUAUUUUAGCAUUACUUGAGUUCAAAAUGACCAUUUUGACCUGUUUAUGAGUUUAGUUUGACCAGUGCGUUAUAUCACAAGGUCUCAUUGAUGGCAUAAUAAGAAACUAUUACUUACACACACGCACUUAAAGACAACUAGGC